AUGUUCAUCCAAGCUUUAUUACUUUCUCUCGUAUCCGUGACUUCUGCUAUCAGCAUCGACCGUCGAGCAGCGAUUUCGGAGUUUACCUCCAGUCCCUUGGGUCUUAGUUGGCCUCCUACUCGGGGAUUCAGCGCUUCCAGUGCUCAGAAAGCACCAUGCGGUGGAUUUUCUGCUGGAUCCCGUGUUGAUUAUCCGUUCACCGGAGGAGACAUCUCUCUAACCUCUAGGACCUUGGUCGACAGCGUUAAUGUUAUGUGGACCAAUGAGACCGACCCCACUCGGUUCCAUGCGUUCUCCACAUACGCUGAUACUCUUAAAGAGCUCGGAGCCGGACAUUACUGUCAACCUGCCCCAGACUUCACUUCCUUAGGUCUCAAAGAAGGUGAUGACGUUACAAUCAUGAUAAUGUAUCAACUCAAUGGUACCGAGACAUACUACUACGAUUGUGCGGAUAUCAACCUGGUGCCCACCAUUGGAUUCGUCGCUUCUCAGUCUUACAUGUGUGGUAAUUACACGUCAACUCUUGAGGUUGCCAGUGAUGAUGAGUCACUUCAUCUUAACUCCAACGGCGAGUCCGCCGUAGCAUCAUCUUCUACUCCUACUGGAGCAGCAACGAGUCAAGCUACGGCCGCAAGUUCCAGCGAAGCCUCGUUGUCCAAUUCCGGACUCUCCGCUGGUGCCGGGGGUGGCAUCGGGGCAGGAGUAACAAUCAUUGUACUUGCGCUCUUGGGUGCCGCCGCAUACAUUCUCGGCUACGUACGAUUUGGCAAAAAAAAGUCAAUUGUUUUCCCAGAUCACGCCUCUGACUCGACUGGACUUCCCGUCAAGGCUGCUCAAUUCUAA